UCAUAAUGACGUAACCGAAACUAACGGUUCAGAGUUUUCUAAUUUAUUAUUAUUUUAUAAGACUUUUAAUUCUUUAAAAUCGUGUGAAUACCGAGGAGUAUUUAUUUUAAAACAUGCCAGAAAGUCCCGAAAAAUCGAACCCUCCGAAAUGGCUCCAUCCGUCCGAGGUUAUGAAACUGCACAAAUUAAAGCAGAAAAAGAAGGCCCUACAAGCUAGAAUUAAAGGAAACGACCAACAACCGAUCGCCAACGGCGUCAAACGCACUUUCGAGAACGCUUUCACGAACCAAACGAGCAACAAUCCAUUCGUAAAAUACACUAAAAAACCCAAAACCGAUUCGAGCAUUUUCCUCGACGAAUCCACCGAUCAAACGCUAUUCAAACUCCUCAAUUUGAAACAACCGGCAGCUUCACCUUCACCAGGCGGGUCUUUCACCUCUUUCAGCAACAUAUUGAAUCGCAUAGACGAUUGCAAUCGAACCGAUAGAGUGGAAAUAGUCAAAGAACAGGGCAAGCAUCGGCUACCCAUAGACUGGACGUUGAAAGACAAAGUCAGGCUAAUAUCGCUGAAACCCCUACCAUGGAGCCAAAAGUUGAAAAUCAGCGAAGAAGCCAGCGGAUUAACAGCCUUCGCGAGGUGCCUCGGAGACGACGUAGAGAACAAUUUAGACUCAUCGUCUAACGCUAAAUUCUUCCAAAGCUGCUUGUACUUCAUCCACCCGAACCUACCUUGGUUGCAGACCUUUCCGCGAAGCUCCAGUAAAGGAAGAACAGUUACAAACCACGUCACCAAAACCAUGAAGGAAACCCUGCACCAAUCGUGGUGUGAUAGUUUAAGAUCUCUCUUUCAGCUAGUCAGGACUAAGCAGUGUCCGUUCUUUUACGCUUGCACUAACAACUAUACUGUGCUCUUCCGAGCGGCCGGUAUAAACUCUUUUACUGACAUCCAUGUGCUUGUCACACCAACAACGAGGGGUUUUCGGAACUUGCUCAAGCAGGAAGAUAUAGAGUACAGCAUGCCGCUGAAAAGGAGGAGUCCUUCAGAUUCGGGGUACGAGUCCCCGGAUACUUCAAUAAAAGAUGAAGAAGACGUUGCCGAUGAUAAUUGGAUGAAAAGCAUGGGGAUUAACGAUGAUGAUAUUAAACAAAUUAAUUAUAGUCAGGAUAAAAUAGUGCAUAAGAUCGAAUGCGAAGUAGAUAAUAGCGAAGAAAGUCUAGUCAUGAUAGAGGGAGCUGAAGUGCACAGUUUCUACAAUUUCCUGCUGAAUUGCAAGAGCUUGAUACCUUUCACGGGGCCCCUCGCCGGCGUGCCCCCUACUCUCCUGGCGCCGGUGGCUUUCCAGGGAUCCACGUUGAGUUCGUUGAAAAUUCGAGAAAAUAAGGUUUUUAAAGACAACAUUAACUACUAUUCGGUGGAACUUUCGGGUCCCAUUUUGCCUAAUAUGAUGCAUACUUUGUUCGCCUUGAGCCAACCCGAGCACAGUUUAACCGCUACUUUCAACAAUAUCGCAUCUACAGGGUGUUUUAGUAAAUUAAAAAACGAUAAAGGAAAGACUGACGUUGAACAAGGAACGGCUGUGUUCGGCAAGGAAAAUCUAUCCGAUUGUGGGUUACUACCCGUUGUUUUGAAGCAUUUUUGCGAUCCCGAUACUAGCUAUAUCAGUAACGUAGAAUGCGUGAAGUACAGCAGCGAAAACAAGACUUUCACUUGGUCAUGAGAUUACUAAGUAUGUUUAGUUCUUUUAAAUUAGGAUUAUAAGUAAUUUUCUUCACUGUAACUGUUUUAACGAUCUGUAAUUUAUUUUAUAAAACUUGAUUUUUCUAGA